CGGUCGGCUCAGCGGCCGUGCAAAUUGCCAAGACCAUAGGCAGUCGAACCGUGUUGACAGCCGCGCGGCGUGUGGAUUCCAACCCCGAUAUUCUUCUGGAACAUCCCGAGAAUACCCUUCAACCCCGGAUCCCGGGUAUUACCGACGAACACGGCGUGGAUAUUGUAAUCGGCGUUGUGGGCGACAUCAAUUUGAUGAGCGCUGCGGUCAAGCAGCUGGCCGUGGGGUCGCUGCGCGUGGAUUGUUGCCCCGCGAGGGGCUGUGAGCAAAUCUUCCAGGCUUCUCGCAAGGCCAUCCUGCUUGCGGGAUGUGACACGAGCCUGGCAACAAUGGCUGAGAUCAGGGAGGGUUUACGUCUGUUGUGGCAGUGGUUCGAUGGGGGUCUGAUGAGGGUGCCGGACAAGGGACUUAGCGUUUACCCGGGUACCAUUGGGGGCGGGCAAUUGAGAAAGGGCACCCGACUUCUGGGGAAGGAGUGGUGAUUCCUCGUAUUUCCGGAUAAGUUAUUUCCCACCUGGCUCUUUACCUCUGUUAUUUUAAGUCCCUCCACAGCGAUACG